CUUGAGCACUUCCUGGAGAGAGCGAAAGCUGCUCUCGGUUAGCGACCACUGAGUCCGAGUGAGUUGAGCAGUGUUUCUGAACCUUUGGCGGGGGCCCGAGGACUGAGCACGUUGGAAAUGAGAUGGAGAUAGACUUAAAUAUGAUAAUCUAGGAGCCACUUCCCCAGAAGCACAGAGAUACUUGGAAGGAAUAGAAGCCAAGGUUCCUGUUAACCAUUCUCAUCAUUAGAUGUGCCCAAUUUCACCAAUGUUAAGAAGUUGCACAAAAUGGAUGGAGAAUCUGGAAGAUUUCAGAUUGAUACUCCAGAUUUUGUGAAGAAAAAACACAAAGAAAGCUCCUCAACUGGGGAAAAGAAUAAAGAGUUUAACAGGAAAGAUCUCAAUGACUCUGUUCUGCUGUUUGGUGAACAUUCUCCUAGGCCUACCAAUGAAGUAGAGUCCCAGUUCCCCAAUUCUACUUGUAUCAGAUCAGAAAUCUGCAAUGAUAAUGAAAUCCUAAAGAAUGCCACUUCAGUCAAAAAAAGAAAAAAGGAAAAUAUAAUCACCUGUGAUAUACAGGAGGAAAUGGGAGUAAUAUGUGUCCUUGUAGACAAAGAAAACAUUGAAAGUAUGGAAAGGGAGAACUUUAGAAAAGAUGUUGAUAUUGUUUAUAUAGAUAUGAAAAAAGGGAAAGAGUUGCCAAAAUCAAAUGAAAAAGACGAACUACAUUCAACUUCUGAAGCUAAUAAAAAUGAGUUAGAAGAUCCAGAUCACAAACUUAAGGACAGACUCCAUGAAAUCAGUAAUAAGAAGGGAAAUUUGAGUAAUAGACUGAAAAGCUCUCAUGAGAGCUUUUGUUCCCAAGAGCAAGGAUCCACCUUUUGUUUAGAAAGAGAAGGUGAGAUUAGGAAACCAUUAGUAUCUACUGAUGUAAUGAGACUGUCAAAGUCCAAGAACAAAAGGAAAAGAUCUUUAAGCAAAAACCUUACGAAAUCUAAGGAUAUUUUCUUGUCUGAUGAAAACCUUGUUACUGUGAACAAUAGUGCAUUAGAGAAUGAUAGAGCCCUUGAAGAAGACAGAGUGAAAUCUGUCAAGAAAAAGAAAAAAAAGGAAAAGGCCUUACCUGACAGUGAUCAGAUAUCUGCCGAUGAUUUUUCAGUGCCCAGUGUGAGCUCUGCAGAUGACCAGAUGAAAACAGGUGAUAGUGGUAGUAAUGUGGAGAUUCUGGAGAGUAAUGGCACCCUCAGAGAAAGCAAUACAGAAUUAGUCAGAAAAAAGAAAAAGAAGCAGAAGACUUCAUCUAAAAAUGUUCAAGCAGUUGCUGACAAUUUUUCAAUUUCUGAGAUGAAUUGUGUGGAUAUGCCUACUGACCAAGCAGGUGAGAUUUUGGAGGGUGAAAGCCCGUUCAGUGAUAGUAAUGUGGAAUCUAUCAGGAAAAAGAAAAAAAAGAGAAAGACUUCAAAUAAAAAUGAUAUGGCAUCUAUCAAUGAUUUUUCAGUGCCAGAUAUAAAUUCUAUGGAUAUGCCAUUCAAUAAUAUGAAUAAUGUUAAGACUAUAGAAGAUGAUAGCACCUUCAAUGAAAGCAAUAUAGAAUCCAUAAGAAAAAAGAAAAAGAAGCAAAAGACUUCAUCUAAAAAUGAUAGCACAACUGCCAUUAACUUUUCAAUGCCAGAAACGAGUUCUAUGGAUAUGCCUUCUGACCAAAUCAAAAUGAUUGAUACAGUUAAUUGUAGCAUUGAGACCUUGGAGGGUGAUAGCACCUUUGUGGAAACUGUCAGAGAAAAGAAAAGAAAGAGAAAGAUUUCAAGUAGAAAUAAGCAGGCACCUACUGAUUUUUCAGUGCUUUGUACAAGUUCUGUAGAUGUGCCAUCUGACCAGAUGGAAAAAAGUAGUAUUAACGUUGAGACUUUGGGGGAUGGUAGCAUAUUUAAUGAAAGCAGUGGGGAAUCUAUCAGGAAAAAGAAAAAGAAGCGAAAGACUUCCACUGAAAAUGAUCAGGCACCUGCUGGUGACUUUUCAGCAUCUGGUCCAGGCUUUGUGGAUAAGCCUUCUGAAGAUAUGAACAUGGAUAAUCAGAUUAAUAACACUGAGACUCUGGAGAAUGAUAGUGCCCUUAUUGGGAGUAUGGAGAAAUCUGUCAGAAAAAAGAAAAAGAAGCAAAAAACUUCAUCUAAAAAUGAUCAGGCACCUGAUGAUAACUUUUCAGUACCUCAUACAAGCUCAAUGGAUAUGUUUUCUAAACAAGACCAAAUGAAAACAGAUGAUAGUGUUAACACUGAGGGUGUGAAGGGUGAUACCACCCUUAGUGAAAGCAAUUUGGAAGCUAUCAGGAAAAAGAAAAAGAAGCAAAAAACUUCAGCUAAAAAUGUGCAGGCACCUGCUGAUAACUUUUCAAUACUUAGUCCAAGCUCUCUGGAUAGAUCUUCUAACUAUAUGAAAACAAAUAAGAUUAAUAACACUGAGGUCCUGGAGAGUGAUGGAACUUUUAUUGAAAGCAAUGGAGAAUCUGUCCGGAAAAAGAAAAAGAAGCGAAAGUCUUCUAACAAAGAACAUGAACUUCCUGAAGACUUUUCAGCUCCUGGGGUGGACUCUAUGACUAACCCUUCUGACCAUGUAGAAAUAGAUAAUAGGUUUAACCCUGAAACUGUGGAGGGUGAGAGCAAUAGGGAGUCUGUCAAGAAAAAGAAAAAAAAGCAAAAGUCUUCAAAUGAAAAUGAGCAGACCCUUACUGGUGACUUUUCAGUACCUGGUCAAAGCUCUGUGGAUGGGCCUUCUGACCAUGUGAAGACAGAUGGUGAGGUUAACAACACUGACAUUUUGGAGGGUGAACGUGGUCUUAAUGAAAGCAGUAUGGAAUCUGGAAGGAAAAAGAAAAAAAAAAAAACUUCAACUAGAAAAGAUCAAGGACCUGUGGAUGACUUUUCAGUUCCUGGUAAAAGCUCUAUAGGUUCACCUUCUGGCCAAAAAGAAAUGGUUCACAGAACUGACAAUGUGGUGAAUUCAGAGAGUGAUGGCACUCUUCAUGAGAGAGUGAAAGAUGCCAGGAAAAGGAAGAAGAAAGAAUCUCGCUCAGAAAAAGGAAGUGUAGAAACUGAAGAAAAAAGGUUAGUAUCUACAAAUGAGGAAAGAAGGAACCUGGAAGAAGCUGAGGAUUCAGAUUUGGAAAAUAUGUCUGAGGAUUUGAUAGAUCUAGAUGUUGAUUUGGACACUGCAGUGAAAAAGCUCCAAGAGUUUAUUCCUAAUGUGAAGGAAAGGGCACCUGGUACAGUAAAACGAAUGUAUAGGGAUGACUUGAAACGGUUUCAGCAAUUUAAAGAACAAGGUAUUCCUAUUAAAUUUGGCAAGUUUUCUGCAAAGGAAAAUGAACAGUUACGGGAAAAUGUAGAAAAUUUUUUAUCAUUGACUGGAAUUGAGACUGCAGAUAAGUUGCUGCAUACAGACAGAUAUCCCGAAGAGAAAUAUGUUAUCACGGACUUAAAAAGAAAGCACCAAUUUAGAUGCCACAUUGGUGAGGGUAUUCCCCGGCCAUGGAAAUUAGUAUAUUAUAGAGCAAAAAAAAUGUUUGAUAUCAACAACUAUAAAGGCAGAUAUAGUCAAAAGGACACUCAGAAGUUAAAGAAGUACCAGUCCAUACAUGGAAAUGAUUGGAAAAAGAUUGGUGAAAUGGUGUCCCGCAGUAGCCUCUCUGUGGCACUGAAAUUCUCCCAAAUUAGCAAUAAGAUCAAUCAUGGUCCUUGGAGUAAAGCAGAAACUCGGAGACUAAUUAAAGCUGUUGAAGAAGUGAUUCUAAAAAAGCUGUCACCAAAGGAAGUGGAGGACAUAGAUUCUCGGCUCCAAGAAGACAGUUCCCCAGAAUCUUUAUCAAUUUUACGGAAACAGCUCUACAAGGGUAUAUCCUGGGUAGAAGUAGAAGCCAAAGUAGAAACAAGAAAUUGGAUGCAGUGUAAAAGUAAGUGGCCUGAAAUUCUGACCAAGCGAAUGACCAGUGGGAAGGUUGUAUACCGUGGGACAAAUGCUCUGCGUGCUAAAAUCAACCUUAUUGAAAGGUUGUAUCAAACAAAUGUACAAGAAGCUAAUGAAGUUAAUUGGGAGCAUCUUGCUGGUGCCAUUGGAGAUGUUCCUCCAUCCUAUGUGCAAUCUAAAUUUUACAAACUGAAAGCUACCUGUGUUCCUCUUUGGCAGAAGAAAACCUUCCCAGAAAUCAUAGACUAUCUCUAUGAAACCAGCCGCCCAUUACUCGAACAAAGGUUAAAGAGGAAGCUGAAGAAAAAAGGUACAACUGUCCAGGAGCCUGAGAUGCCAAAGCAAUCCUUUCGAUUCAAGGACAUUUUUUUUUGUGAAAGUGACAGUGAAGAAGAAGAUAGAGAAGAAAGCAGCUAAACUGGGAUUGCCCACAAGUUCCGUUUUUAUGUUUUUAAUUUAUUGCACUACUAAUGAAUAAUAACAGGGAAAGGUUGGGGGGGUUAUUUUAUUUAGUUCUGCCAUAAAUUGCCAUCAUUAGAAUUUUCAGGUGGAAGAGAUAUUAAAAGUGUCUUUUAACCCUCUCAUUUUAUAAGUAGAGAAACUGAGGUCCCAAGAGGUAAGAAGACAUAUUGAGGCAAUGUAAUACAUUUAGGAGAAAAAGAACAUUUACUAGCUAUGUAACUAGGCUCAGUUUCCUCAUAUAUAAAAUGAGAAUAAGAAUACUUGUACUCCCUAUCUCCCAUGUUUUUAUAGAGAAAGUACUUUGUAAAAUUAUCAAUAGCUAUAUAAAAAAUGUUUUUUAAAUUA